AUGUCUCGAAAUUUCAAAUGGAAUGAUUUAGCUUUGAAAAUACGAGAAAAUGUAAUCGAUAAAAUGGACGCGAAAACUCGCUGCAAAUUUGUGCAAUGUUCAAAAGAAUGUGAAAAACAAGCGAAAUCAUCGAAUAAUUAUUUAUAUGCCAUCAAAAUAUUGGAGAAAAACGAGGAAAAGAAGAAAAUGUUGGUGAUAAAAUUUGAGAAAGAUGGUGAGGAUUCACAAGAUUAUUCAUUGGAUUUUCUCAAAGUUCGCGGAGAAGAGAAGAUGACGGUUUUGAUGUAUAGAAAAUAUAAUGAUCAAGGUGGUGAGAAAAAAUGGAUGAAAUUGGUUCACGAAAAUCCGGAAGUUUUGCGAAGAAAAUAUUUUAUGGAAUAUUUGGAGACUUACAAAAAUAGCAUCAAAAUGUUGCAAAUUCUUGUGAGUUUUUCAAGUUUCAUGAAAAUUGCGGCAAAGUUGGAAAAUUCUGGACUUAUCUCAUCGGUACCACGCGCUCCACCGAAAUAAACACGCAACGCAGACCGCGCCGCGCCACAACACACACAAAAAAGGGAAAGAAUUUGAAUCGUUCCCUUUUUUGUGUGUGUUGUGGCGCGGCGCGGUCUGCGUUGCGUGUUUAUUUCGGUGGGCGCGUAUAGAUGAAUUUUCGAUAAUAUGAAGCUAGUUUUCCAUUUUGCCACGUCAUAACUCAUAUUAGAAGUUGAGUUCUGCAAUUUUAGAUAGCAUAAUCGUGAUCAGCUAGAAAAAAUAUUUUUUUUGGAAAAAAUGUGAAUAUUUUCUAGGACAAAGAUUUUGCAAUCAACGAUCUCAAUAUCAAAGACUUGAAAACCUUGGAAAUUCUCGAUUUCGGUGGUCCAAAUCCACGUAUAGAAAUGGAUCAAUUGAAUGCAUUUGUUGAUUUUUGA